GUGUGUGUGUGUGUGGGACACAUGGCUGUUACUUUAUACGUACGUCUCUUUGCUUCCUAGAGAUCCGUUUCCCAAGAACUCGCAGCAUACUAUAAGAAGAAGCCCGAGUCUUUCUCGCCGCAGCAGUACGAGUCCGCUCAAAGCGUCAGGAAGCUACCCGGACUCGUCUCGUACUGCUGCGCUGACGAGUCAGAAGGUUUCGAGUCGUCUUCUAGAACGCCGGCUCCGACACACCGCAGGCUUACACGAAUGCGGUCCCCUCUGAAAGUACCGGAACGGUCUGUCGUUUCCGUCAUACCUCGAAGACAUUUGGGUUUGAGAUCAAAAGAUGGACGACGGAACAGAAUUCCGGUUUCGUUUCCUCACGUCUCCGUCCAGACGUGUCGGACGUAAAGCUCUCGUUUGAACCCGCCCAUUUUUUCUCAGGCGACCGGAAGUCACCCGGGCACGUGACCGACGGGAGCGUGUUUCUGCCCAGGUGUGCCCUGUUAAAUCGAUCGUUUGGAGAAUUAACGGCGCGGAACGUGCGCUCUUGGUUUGCGCUCUGGGUUUCGCCGUGAAGACGGCAUUUGUUGUUUAAAAAGGAUAAACCGACAUGAAGACCCGAGAGCUGUCUGUGGGAGAAAAGCGAGCCGUUCUGAAGCUGGGAAAAGAGGGGAAAUCCAUCAGGGCCGAAAAACAAUAGAUUUGGACCUUGCCGUUCCGGUACUUUCGGAUGGGACCGUAUACGUUACGGUUUCCAUAGUAACAGCUCAUCGUCGUUCAAGGACGUACACGGCGAUCUGGCGAAGUUUUCUGUAAGGAGACGUUUAUAUAACGUUCAUGAAAGGAUUCUCCGGUGUCGGCGCUUUGCGACGUUAUGUUUACCGCCAAGUAAUACUUUGUGGUUUCUCGGUUACGUGACGUUCGGAGAAAGAAAAAAAAAAAGAAAAAGCGUCUGGCGAAGGAACGACUCUUUAUAGCUGCUAUAACGAAAGCGAUGGAAGGAACCGACUUGCUUCGUUGACAUUCCACAACAUUAAAUACGUCCCUGCUCAGGAGCAGCCGGAUUUGUUCCUGAAGAAACUGCAGCAGUGCUGCACCUUGUUCGACUUCAUGGACACGCUCUCUGACCUGAAGAUGAAAGAGUACAAGCGCUCGACGCUCAACGAGCUGGUGGAUUACGUGACGGUCAGCCGAGGCUACCUCACCGAGCAGGCCUACCCUGAGGUCGUCAAGAUGGUGUCCUAUAACAUUUUCCGCACUCUUCCACCCAGCGACAGUAAUGAGUUCGACCCAGAGGAGGACGAACCCACUUUAGAGGCUUCGUGGCCACAUUUACAGCUGGUGUACGAGUUCUUCAUCCGCUUUCUGGAGAGUCAGGAGUUCCAGCCCAGCAUUGCCAAAAAGUAUAUAGACCAGAAAUUCGUCUUACAGCUUCUGGAACUGUUCGACAGCGAGGACCCGCGGGAGAGAGACUACCUGAAAACAGUCUUACACAGAAUCUACGGCAAAUUCCUGGGGCUGAGGGCUUUUAUACGAAAACAGAUCAAUAAUAUUUUUCUACGUUUUGUUUAUGAAACCGAGCACUUCAAUGGAGUAGCCGAGUUGUUGGAAAUUUUGGGAAGCAUCAUCAACGGCUUCGCUUUACCUCUGAAAGCUGAACACAAGCAGUUCCUGGUGAAAGUGUUGAUUCCUCUGCACACAGUCAGGAGUCUCUCGCUCUUCCAUGCGCAGUUGGCGUAUUGUAUUGUACAGUUCCUAGAGAAAGACCCCACAUUAACAGAACCGGUCAUUAGAGGACUUCUCAAGUUCUGGCCAAAGACGUGCAGUCAAAAAGAGGUGAUGUUCCUCGGCGAGCUGGAGGAGAUCCUGGACGUGAUCGAACCCACGCAGUUUGUGAAGAUCCAGGAGCCGCUGUUCAAGCAGAUCUCCAAAUGCGUCUCCAGCCCUCACUUCCAGGUGGCCGAGCGAGCGCUGUACUACUGGAAUAACGAGUACAUCAUGAGUCUUAUCGAGGAGAACUCCAACGUCAUCCUGCCCAUCAUGUUCACCAGCUUGUACAGGAUCUCCAAAGAACACUGGAACCCGGCGAUCGUAGCUUUAGUGUACAACGUCCUGAAAGCCUUCAUGGAAAUGAACAGCACUUUGUUUGAUGAACUCACUGCCACCUACAAGUCCGAUCGCCAGAGGGAGAAAAAGAAGGAAAAAGAGCGAGAGGAAUUGUGGAAGAAGCUGGAGGACUUGGAGCUGAAGAGAGGCCUGCGGAGCGACGCCAUUAUUCCCACUUAACGCUGCCCCGCCUCUCGCACCGCUCCUGGAACACACUCCCACAUCACCGGCCACGCCCACACAGGCCUUUUUUUUUUUUUUUCCCUUUCCUUUCCUUUCUUUUUUUUCCCCUUUUUCCCCCCUUCCCAUUUAUGUUUAUUCCCUUUUUUCCACUCCUUUCUGUAUUGUGCGACUUACUUUACUGUAGAUUUCCGUCGUCUCUUUCAUUAUUUCAACAACACUGUAAAUAUUUUUUUUUUUUUCCCUGCUAUAUUUUUUUUCCCUUCGAGAAUAUUACACUGAAAAUGAAAAAAGGACUUAAAAAAAAAAAAGAAAAAGAAAAAAAAACCCCCCGGAGAAAAAGAGCUCGCUCGUGCGAGUGGGAGCGAGAGAUGGACUCGACCGGAUAGUAGGAUUUGAAAUGAACUGCUACUGUGGAGAGAAAACGAAAUCAGCUACGAAACCGAAACCCUCACCUCUAUCGUUUGAGGAAAGAUCCGUUCCUGCUAACGCUCGUCCAGACACACUGUCUCACUCCUUCACUCCCUCUCUCUCUCUCUCUCUCUCUCUCUCUCUCUCUCUCUCUCUCUCUCUCUCUCUCUCUCUCCAUCCUUUCAUCUUGUCGCUGAUAAAUUUCCUCAGAACCUAUUAAGACCUAGCAGAAUCCUCAAAGUGGGAAGGCUGAAUGUUAACCAGCAACCACACACACACACACACACACACACACACACACACACACACACACACUCAUCUCAUUAACAAACUUCUUUCCUAUUCUCUCGGUGCUGCCAGGAUUUUCCACUCAUUCUCUCUUGGGUUGGUUUUUUUGGACUUCCUCUCUUGAUUCUGCACCAGUCUGGCACUGGUACCAGUAAACUAACACACACACACACACACACACACACACACAACCAUUGCUGCGAAGACACCAAGGACCCAGCGUCCCUGCGCCAAACCUGAGAAGCUCGUAUCGUCCGUGUGUACGAGUGUGUGUGAGAGUUUCUUACAGUGUUAAAUAUUGUAACUGAAUGCAGCUCAUUGACCUGUUGUUGAUUGAUCUAUUAGAACCUUUAGCGCAUUUAUAAAUAUAUAUAUUUUUCUUUAGGGAUGGUCACAGAGUGUUAAAUAUGUAUUACUGAACACCACUCUCUGUUUAAUUAUUAUGAUUUUUUUUUCUUUC